UUUUGUAAUAAUUGCCAUAUUGACCAUGGCAGCACAAAUGAAAAUAAUAAACAAGGCAUUCCAAAUUGAUGAUAAAGAUAUUCUGGAUUAUAUUGAAAGUGUCUUAGAAAAUGGUGCAUCAGAUUUCGAUUCAAGUGACGACGUCUUCGAAGCUGUAGGUGAAAUUUUGAGAGAAUCGUGUAUCGGUGCUAAUGGUGAUAUCGACCAGAAAGUUUUAAAUGUGUGUGAGCAGAUUUACUCAACACUUUCUAUUAAUGAUGAUGAAGUUACAAAUGGAGUCAUUCGUCUCGAUGCCCCCGUGCAUUUGGCAUCGAUGGCAGAAGCAAACUUAGAAGAUCAAAAUUCUGCUAGUAUUUGGUUGGCCAGACCUGACAAUAAAUCAUUUGUAGACUUGAAAAAAUUAGAGAAAGCUGAAUCUAAAAUUAAGCAAAAGCAAGACAAGAAAUCUGAAAAAAGCAUCAAUGAAAAGUCCUCUUCAAGUAAUCAAUUGAAUGAAGCAACUACGAGUCAAUUAAGAAGUCGAAGGGAAAAUAAAAGCGAGGUUGCAGGGACAAAUAAAGUUGUCGAUUUACACAUUGAGAAUUUUGAUAUUGCAUUCGGAGCAAAAGUUUUACUGGAAAAUGCGGAUCUUCAUGUUGCCGCUGGAAGGAGGUAUGGACUGGUUGGCAGAAACGGAGUUGGCAAAACUACUCUUUUGAAAAUGAUGUCCACAAGAAAUUUACAUUUCCCAUCUCAUUUCUCUGUUCUUCAUGUUGAACAAGAAGUGGUUGGCGAUGAUACCAAUGCUAUUCAAAGCGUAUUAGAAUCUGAUACGGUUCGUGAAAGUUUACUUAAAGAAGAAAAGGAAAUUCAUUCAAAACUUGAUUCACAUCCAAGUGAUGCUGCUCAAUUGAACACAAGAUUAUCUGAAAUAUGGGCAAAAUUAUCUGAAAUCGAGGCGGACAAAGCACCAAUGCGAGCAGCUGUAAUUUUAACUGGUUUGGGUUUCACAACCGAUAUGCAAAAAAUGACAACUAAGGAGUUUUCUGGGGGGUGGAGAAUGAGACUCGCCCUUGCUCGUGCACUUUUUGCUAAACCCGACUUGUUACUUCUUGAUGAACCUACGAACAUGUUGGACAUUAGAGCCAUUAUGUGGCUUGAAGAUUACUUACAAACUUGGCAAUCAACUGUUAUUGUUGUUUCUCACGACAGAAGUUUCCUAAAUAGUGUCGCUACUGAUAUUUUGCACAUGUACAAUAAAAAAUUAACAGUUUUUCGUGGCAAUUUCGAACAGUUUAUUGUAACCAAAGACGAAAAAAUGAAAAAUCUACAAAAAGAAUAUGAUGCACAAAAACAAUAUCGUGAUCAUAUUCAAAUAUUCAUUGAUAGAUUCCGUUACAAUGCAAAUCGUGCUUCUCAAGUCCAAAGUAAAUUGAAACUUCUUGAAAAACUACCGAAACUUGAGCCAAUCGAAAAAGAAACUGACGCAGUUAUGCGAUUCCAUGAAUUAGAUGAACGAGUAAAUGGAACUAUGAUUCGAUUGGACGAAGUUUCUUUUCAUUAUGUACCUGAGAAGGAAGUGUUUUCUGGUGUUGAUAUUUCUGCAAGUAUUGACAGCAGAAUUUGUAUUGUAGGAGAGAAUGGCUCUGGUAAAUCAACACUCUUAAAACUGCUUAUCGAAGAAAAUGAACCAAAAAAGGGAUUGAGGCAUUCACACAGAAGUUUACGAUUGGGGUAUUUUAGUCAGCACCAUGUGGAUAUGCUUGAAAUGGAUCUUAAUUCCGUCGAACUGAUGGAAUCUAGAUUUCCUGGUAAGAAUAUUGAAGAAUACAGAGGACAACUCGGACGGUACGGCAUCACUGGAGAUCUUGCCUUACGUUCUGUACAAAGUUUAUCAGGAGGACAGAAGAGCAGACUUGCUUUUGCGAUUAUGACAAUGACAAGACCAAACUUUUUCAUUCUUGACGAACCAACAAAUCAUUUAGACAUGGAAACUAUUGAGGCACUUGGAAAAGCACUUAAUAAAUUUAAAGGCGGUGUAAUUCUCGUAUCUCACGAUGAACGAUUGAUUAGUAUAGUUUGUAAAGAAUUAUGGUUAUGCGGUGAUAAACGUGUCACUUGUAUAAAAGGUGGCUUUGAAGAAUAUAAAGAAAUGCUUGAAAAAGAGUUUAAAAGAUUAGGAAUCAAGCAAUAAUGUGAUACACGUAAAGAGGCAUACACCAUAGUAGGAAAUAUCAUCACAUAAAAAUAUUAUUUGUGCAAUUUCCAGAUCAUAGUUUUGAUGAGCUGUGAUAUUUGAACUAACCACAGGUCAUAUUAGAUCAAUGCUAACAGAUUAAAAUGUGCUAUAAGGACAUGCAGCAGAAAUCUACCACCUGAAAAUAAUGUAAAUAUGGUGUAGGGUGUGUAACGCAAAUGAAAAAUGUAUUCAAUGUUCCCAAAAACAUGAUUGUGUCAACUAUUAUGAGUUUUUCAAGCAUAGUAAUAUUUUGUAUAGGUCCAUUUUUGGGUCUUCUGGCAAUGCAUUUACCGUAGCAAAUUUCUGAAAUGCUACUUCUCUGUUUGAUAUUAUUUGCCAAAUUAUUGAUUUGUAUAUUAUUACAUAAAAUGCUAUGGCAACCUUGUCAUAGAAACCCAGUCUUGUCAUCCUCCAUUAUAAAAGUAUCUGUAAUUGUGGUGCACUAAUCGCUAUGUAAUUCAAAUGCAAAGUUUUGCUGCUUGGCUUUUUUUGACAAUAAAAAUACUUGAAUUUGAACCAAUUUGGAAUGUUUUUCAAUAAUUCUAUAUAUCAGUCUGGAUUGCUGUUAUUUGCAAUACAUGUUUGAACCUACAUAGUACAUUCUGUUCUGUAUCUACAGAGGAUUUGUAUGCUUUCUUGUUUUGUAAAGCUAUGGAUGUAUCAUUGCGAUUAUGUAUUGGUUUAAACUUAUGCUGUACUAUUUAUUUCAAUUAGAGUAGACAAAUUAUGGUAUUGUGUUCAAAUGAAUAUUAAAUGACAAAUUAUUUCUUAUGUGAUGCGAUGCCACUCUUAUAUUGUGACCCCUUGUAUUACAACUGCAUAUUUGAGCUUCUAAUUUAAAAUAAAAUAUCACUGCAAGGAUGUAUUUGUUCAAUAUGAAGAAUGAGUGAUAUACAUUCACAACUAUGGUUAUGGUGUUAUAAAAAUUGAAUUUAUUGUUUUUCGUUGAUCUCAUUUAUUCGUACUUACCCAGCGUGGAAUCUAAACUUCGUAUCAAAAACAAAGUUUGUGGAACAGUUUCGACACCUGAGACUUCCACAGUAAUAAUAAUAUGCUCCAACUAUUUGAAUUACAUCCUAAACUUUCUAUUUAUUUACUUUGCUUCCAUGCCUUCGCUGCUAAUUAAGUGAGCCAAUUAUGUAUUUGAAUCAUGUGACUAAUUAUAUCCAAUCAAAUGCCAGUAGUUGUUGCAUUUUAGUUAGGUACCAUAAUAUAUUAAAAUUUUCCACUUCGCAGCUACCAUUACAUGUGUGCCUUUUGCUGAACUAUUGUUUGGUAUGUUGUCUGCAUAUAUGACCUCUUCCUUUGAAAUAAAAUCUAUCUGAUUAUGAAUUGUACUUUUCAGA